AUUAUCACCAUAAACUUUGUCCCUGCGUGCUUGCCGUACUGCACGCUGGCUGCUGUCGUCAGUGUUUUCUGCUCACCUGAUCGGGUGUGAGAGCUCUCUGGAGCUGCAGAAAUCUCCUGUAUAACUGAGCACAGGACCCGCAGCGAUGUCCUCCAGCAGCGGCAUCCAGAUCCCCAGCCGCCUGCCCCUGCUGCUUACCCACGAGGGAGUGCUUCUGCCCGGGUCCACCACCCGGAUCAGCGUGGACUCGGCGCGGAACAUGCAGCUGGUGAAAAGCAGGCUGCUGAAGGGGACCUCGCUGAAGAGCACCAUUAUAGGGGUCAUUCCCAACACUAAAGACCCCGAGCACGACGGAGAGGAGCUGCCCUCUUUACACCGUAUUGGCACGGCAGGACUGGCAGUCCAGGUGGUGGGCAGUAACUGGCCAAAGCCACACUACACACUUCUCAUCACAGGCCUGUGCCGCUUCCGUGUGUCGCAGCUACUGAGGGAGCGGCCCUUCCCCGUGGCCAUGGUAGAGCAGCUGGACAGGCUGGAGCAGUACACAGAGGGAGAGCAGCUGGACGGAGAGCUGGGGGAACUGUCUCAGAGAUUCUACCAGGCUGCUGUGCAGCUGGUGGGUAUGCUAGACAUGUCAGUGCCCGUGGUGGCGAAGCUCCGACGACUGUUAGACAGCCUGCCCAGAGAGACCCUGCCUGAUGUGCUCGCAUCCAUGAUCCGCACUUCCAACACAGAGAAACUCCAGGUGCUGGAUGCUAUAGAUCUGGAGGAGCGAUUUAAGAAGACUCUCCCGUUGCUCACCAGACAGAUUGAGGGACUCAAGCUGCUGCAGAAGACCCGUAAACUCAGACCCGAUGAUGACAAGAGAGUUCUGGCAAUCCGUAAAGGCGGCGUGUUCCCUGGGCGCCAGUUCUCACUUGAGGAGGACGGUGAGGAUGAGGAUGGUGAUGACAUGGUGGUGUUGGAUAGGAAAGUGAAGGAGGCAGGCAUGCCUGAGCCAGCCUUACGAGUGUGUCUGAAAGAGCUCAAACGUCUAAAGAAGAUGCCUCAGUCCAUGCCAGAGUACGCUCUCACUCGCAACUACCUGGAACUCAUGGUGGAGCUUCCAUGGAGCAAAAGCACCACAGACUGCCUGGACAUCCGGGCUGCUCGGGUGCUGCUGGACAAUGACCACUAUGCCCUGGAGAAGCUGAAGCGGCGAGUAUUGGAGUACCUGGCGGUGCGACAGCUCAAGAGUGCCCUCAAGGGUCCUAUCCUGUGCUUUGUGGGGCCACCGGGUGUGGGCAAGACCAGCGUAGGCCGCUCAAUCGCUCGCACUCUGGGCAGAGAGUUUCACCGAAUAGCCCUCGGAGGAGUGUGUGACCAGUCAGACAUCCGCGGCCACAGGAGAACCUACGUGGGAAGCAUGCCUGGCCGCAUCAUCAACGGCCUGAAGACGGUUGGUGUCAACAAUCCUGUUUUCUUAUUGGAUGAAGUGGACAAACUGGGGAAGAGUCUGCAGGGGGACCCUGCUGCUGCCCUGCUUGAGGUUCUGGACCCGGAGCAGAACCACAGCUUCACGGACCACUACCUUAACGUGGCCUUUGACCUCUCGCAGGUCCUCUUCAUCGCCACGGCGAACACCACAGCAACCAUCCCCCCAGCCCUUCUGGACAGAAUGGAGGUCCUGCAGGUUCCAGGGUAUACACAGGAGGAGAAAGUGGAAAUCGCUCAUCGGCACCUGAUCCCUCAUCAACUGGAGCAGCAUGGCCUCACCCCUCAACAGCUACAAAUCCCUCAAGACACUACACAGGAGAUCAUUAGCAAGUACACUCGGGAGGCCGGUGUGCGUUCUCUAGAGAGGAAGAUCGGGGCCAUCUGUCGAGCUGUGGCUGUGAAGGUGGCAGAAGGUCACAAGUUGUCAAAAACAGAAUCAUCGAGCGAGUCUGAGACAGGUCAGGAACGAGAGGGGAAAGGAGUGGACUCGGACAUAGCAGCUCCUCCAGAGAUGCCUAUAGUUAUUGACCAAAUUGCACUGAAGGACAUCCUGGGGCCACAGAUCUUUGAGAUGGAGGUGUCUGAGCAUCUGACUCUGCCGGGCGUGGCGAUUGGGCUGGCCUGGACUCCGCUUGGUGGAGAGAUAAUGUUUGUGGAGGCCAGUCGCAUGGAGGGUGAAGGCCAGCUCACUUUAACGGGGCAGCUGGGUGAUGUCAUGAAGGAGUCGGCUCACCUGGCCAUCACCUGGCUCCGCAGCAACGCCAAGACCUACCAGCUAACCAACAUUGCAGGCUGUGCGGACCCUCUGGAGGGAAAUGACAUCCACUUGCACUUCCCGGCGGGCGCAGUCACCAAGGACGGACCCUCUGCCGGGGUUACCAUAGUAACAUGCCUAGCCUCUCUGUUCAGUGGGCGUCUGGUGCGCUCUGAUGUGGCCAUGACUGGAGAGAUCACUCUGAGGGGACUGGUGCUGCCGGUGGGAGGCAUUAAGGAUAAAGUCCUGGCGGCUCACCGGGCAGGUCUCAAGCGGAUCAUCCUCCCCAAGCGCAAUGAGAAGGACCUGGAGGAGAUCCCGGGACACAUACGGGCUGAACUGGACUUUGUUACGGCCGGCACUUUAGAUGACGUUCUCAAUGCUGCCUUUGAUGGAGGAUUCCCUGCUCUCUCCCUGACUCACCCACAGAUUACCAGCAAACUCUGAGAGACUGCAGGGCUCACAUACACAAACACACAAACACACACACACACACGGUAACGAGACAGGCCUUCAUGUUCCUCUUUCAGAACACUAAAAUAAUCAGCCUAUGGAGAUGUCUUGUAAUUAGAUGUUCCAACACUGAAAACUUAGCACUUAAUUCAGAGUUUCCUUUGUUUUCUUCAUUUUUUUCUUUAAUAGAAAAACACUGUGAAUAAUGUUUAUUUUUGGUUUUGAGAAUGUCACUAGCUGACAUUAGUUUGAUAUUAACAACUGUAAUUACUGUUAACAGUACCUUUAUUUUUGAUUUAUAGUGGAGCUGCAUAUUAAUGAUGACCGUAAAAGAUUGUCUGCUAAUUUAACCAAGAGGGAAUAAGAUGCAAUUUUUUUUUUUUUCAAACUGUGUAUCAUUUUUAAUUCAUUCUUCUGGAGAAAACUAAUGUUCAUUGAGCUUCUCUUUAUUAAUAGAUAGAUUUAUACAUUUAUAAUCAUAUAUUGAACAAUCAACAAUUAAUAACUGAGCAGUUGUAUAACUGUUAUACAAUAUUCUGCUGCUUUAAUUAACUUAAGAUUAAGUUUAUUAUAAGUUACUUAACAGACUUCUGUUUAGUAAGUAAAACUCAGUUAGUUUUGUUGUUCCCAUGAAAGACAGUUUUCAAAUUAACGUAAUGAGCGCAUGUUUGGUCAGUGCAACAUUUGAAGCAAUAAACUUUGCUUUGUUCUCUCUUCUA